CCGCCGGGUGCAGAUUCCGCGCGUCCCGGCCUUCGCUUCCCAGCGGGGAAGUCUAGGCGUCAGGGGUCUGUCGGUCUUCCCGCCUGUCUGUGGCUGUGUCGCCCUUUUCCUUCAGUUUUCGUGGCUUGCUUCCGUGUCCUCCGCAGUCUCUCUCUCUCCCUCUUCCGUAGCUCGUUCUCCCACGCUGCGGUGUCCGAGACCUGAGAGCUGCCCGGCGCCCAGCUCUGCUCGGAGAGAGAUGGAGGAGCCGGGGUCCCGCGAAGAGGUCAUGGAAGAAGUGACAUCGUGCUCCUUCAACAGCCCUCUGUUCCAGCAGGAAGACGAGAGAGGGAUCACCUACCGGAUCCCAGCCCUGCUCUACAUCCCCCCCACCCACACCUUCCUGGCCUUUGCAGAGAAGCGCUCCACAAGCCGGGAUGAGGAUGCUCUCCACCUGGUGCUGAGGCGAGGGUUGAGGACUGGGCACUCGGUACAGUGGGGACCCUUGAUGCCAUUGAUGGCAGCCACAUUACCUGGGCAUCGAACCAUGAACCCCUGUCCUGUGUGGGAGCGGAAGAGCGGCUGUGUAUUCCUAUUCUUCAUCUGUGUGCGAGGCCAUGUCACCGAGUGUCAACAGAUCCUGUCAGGCAGAAAUGCAGCCCGACUCUGCUUCAUCUGCAGCCGAGACUCUGGCUGCUCAUGGAGCCAGGUGAGGGACCUGACCGAAGAAGUCAUUGGUGCAGAGGUGAAGCGCUGGGCCACAUUUGCUGUGGGCCCAGGUCAUGGCAUCCAGCUGGAGUCGGGGAGGUUGGUCAUCCCUGCGUAUGCCUACUACAUUCCUUACUGGUUCUUUUGCUUCCGGCUGCCAUGUAAAACCAAGCCUCAUUCCCUGAUGAUCUACAGUGAUGACCUAGGGGCCACAUGGCACCACGGCAGGCUCAUUCAGCCCACGGCAACAGUAGAGUGUGAAGUGGCAGAGGUGACUGGGUGGGCUGGCAACCCCGUGCUGUAUUGCAGUGCCCGGACUCCAAACAGGUGCCGGGCAGAGGCUUUCAGCGAUGACCGUGGUGAAUGCUUUCAGAGACCAGCCCUGAGCCAACAGCUCUGUGAGCCCCCACAUGGCUGCCAAGGCAGUGUGGUGAGUUUCCGGCCCCUGGAAAUCCUACAUGGGUGCCAGGACCCUGAUGGCAAAAAUGCUCCUAUCAUUCAGCAGAGCCCUCUGCUAGACAGCUCACUAAGGCUGGAGCAGGAAGCUGGACCACUGUCCAAAUCAUGGCUCUUGUACUCACACCCAGCCUGUAAGAAGCGGAGGGCCAACUUAGGUGUCUACCUCAACCGGACUCCCUUGGAUGCUGCCUGCUGGUCCCAUCCCUGGAUCUUGCACUGCGGGCCCUGUGGCUACUCUGAUUUGGCUGCUUUGGAAAAGGAGGGCUUGUUUGGGUGUCUCUUUGAGUGUGGGACCAAGCAAGAGUGUGAGCAGAUUGCCUUCCGCCUGUUUACAGACCGAGAGAUCCUGAGCCAUGCGCUUGGGGACUUCACCAGCCCUGUUAAGAACCCUGAGCCAAUUGAAAGCUAAAAAUUGACUUAGGACCCGAUUUUCCAUAGAAAGGAAACCACGGAAGGCAACCACAGCCAGGAUAAUGGAGGCCAGGUUAACAGAAGUUAUUGAAGUCUACAGAGAAUCCAAAAACUUAAUAAUGUGCUCCCUACCUUUUUUUCCCUUCUCCUCCAAAGAGCAAAAUGAAAACUUUGCCAUAGCUACUACAGUGAAAAAACUAUAAGUUGGGAAACCAUGAUGUGGUCCUGGUUGUGCCAUUGGCUUGCUGUGGGGUUUUGGACAUAUCACUCGAACACCCGAACCUGGGCCUCAGGUCUCCAUCUGUAAAAUGAGAGGAUGGGUUCUGGGAUUUUUCUUCUUCCAUUUAUAGCAAAGGCACAGUGUCUGCAUGCUCCAUGAUCAGCAAAUGCUAGCUGCAUAGUGGACUCUGAUCUCAAAAGGGAAGUCAGAGGACUCAGCUUUUCCAAUGACUCACCACUCAUCCAGGUGUGAGGCUACAAGCAGGUGUUCUGGCAUGAAGAUCUGGAUGGUUUGUCCUGUUCCUGAUAACAAACACACACACACCCCUUUAAUCAUGUUGAGAACUCUUGAGGUUCUCUGCCCUAAAGGAAAUGGGCAAAAAACAAAACAGUUGGAUCAUGAGAUCACAUACCUUCUCCAGCUUUGCAGCUAUGCUCAGUCUUCCUUCCUCAUCCAGAACGCUUAUUCCCUAUGGAGAAAAUGAGAAGCUCAAUGCCAGUAGCCCUUGAUAAUGACACUGAAUUGUUUCUCAUGGCAUUACUUCUUUUUUUUUUUUUUUAAUGUUUUUAUUU